GAGCUUGCUGAAGUACCCGAAUUGCUAAGCGAAAUCAUUUCUGCAGUCUCGGAUAUGGACGCAGACGAAAUGAAGAGAGAAGUAAAAGGUCUGAGGACGACGGAUCUGCAGUUUGGAUGUGUUGAGGUAGUGAUCGUCGCCAUAUAUGAUCACGAAGUUUUCAAUCUGAUCGUUCUUAUGGCGAAGAAUAACUGCUACAGAGGUAUCGAUGAAGAUGCCUCACAUGAUGACGUUGUGAUUCCGUCCACAUCUGCAGAAUCUCCCAAUGUUCAGCAGACUUCUAAUAAAGAUAAAUCUUCGAAGAAAAAGCCGACUUACCGGAUUCUGUCCCAGUUACCUUUGGAUGAGUGGGAUAUACCAGAUUCAUGUUUGCAGAAAACCGCUGAGGUGGUAGGGAUCCUGGAAAAGAAGAAUUCUCGCUUAGCAACAGGGAAACUGGAGCUUGCUUCAGCAGCUCAACGACAGUGGGCUAAGUUUUCUCCCAGCGAUUCGCGUAUACCUCGCAUGAUGAUUGAAGCAUCUCAACUGCCUCAUGAUUUUUUCGAUAGGCCUCAGGAUUUCGCUAAAUUUCUAUUCGUUGCGAAGAUAGCUGAUUGGCCUGAGAAUUCCAUGAUGGCUUGUGGUAAUCUAGAGAAGCAGUUGGGGCUAGCCGGGGACAUUGAU